GUUCUAAUUUGAUCAGGGUUCUAUGGGUAGGUUACCCGCCUUUUUAAGUCAGUUUCAUGUAAUGUUCGCUGACGGUAGAUUGAUUUGUAUUCAAGUGUCAUUAUUUUGUUACCUGAAGAGCUUUUUUCAAAUUUUUUUUAUUAAAAUACAAUAUGAGCUAUAAGUUAACUGAGGGGGCCCUGGCCACAAUCAUGCGAGGCGGCAACGUUGAGAACCCAGUAGUGCAGAUAUUGGGGCACAAGCGCAUGGGGGCGGAGGGCGUGGGCGAGCGGUUCCGCCUGCUGGUGUCGGACGGCCGCCACCUGAACAGCUUCGCCAUGCUGGCGACGCAGCUCAACGCCAAGGUGACGUCCGGCGAGCUGGAGGACUUCACCGUCGUGCAGAUCAGGCGCCACAUCACCAGCAUGAUCAACAACACCGGCAAGGGCGAGAAGCGUGUCAUGAUCAUCCUGGACCUGACGGUGCUGACUCCCGGCUCGGAGGUGGGCACCAAGCUGGGCAACCCCAUCCCCUUCACGGACACCAGUGCCGCCACUACGCCGGCCCCGAGCGGCGCCCGGCCCGCGCAGGCGCGGACGCCGACCGCACCGACCAGACCAAUGGGAGUGUCUGGCGGCAACGUGUCGAGAGUGGGGGGGACGGGCUCGCCCGCCGGAGGGGAGAGGACUGUCCCCAUCUCGGCCGUAAGCCCGUACUCCAACGCGGGCAUCAAGGCUCGGGUGACGCUGAAGACGCCCAUCAAGACGUACAGUAACGCCCGCGGGGAGGGGAAGCUGUUCUCGCUGACCUUGACAGACGAGAGCGGGGAGAUUCGCGCCACGGGCUUCAACGACGCGGUGGACAAGCUCUACGACCAGCUGGAGGUGAACCAGGUGUACGUCUUCAAGGGCUUCACGGUGAAGGCGGCCAACAAGCAGUUCAGCAACAUCAAGCACGAGUACGAGAUCACGUUCAACCACGGCACGGCGGUGACGCCGUGCGAGGAUGACAAGGACAUCCCCACCACCUCGUUCAACUUCGUGCCGAUCAACAAGCUGGCUGAGGCCGACGGGAACACCAUCGUCGACGUCAUCGGCGUGUGCAAGAGCGCGGGCGACGUCAACACGUUCGUGGCCAGGACGACCAACCGGGAGGUGAAGAAGCGUGACAUCACGCUCGUGGAUCAGUCCAACACAGCAGUGACGGUGUCGCUGUGGGGCGCCCAGGCGGAGGAGUUUGACGGCAGCCUGCAGCCGGUGGUGGCCAUCAAGUGCGGCAAGAUCAACGACUUCGGGGGCGGGCGCUCGGUGUCGCUGAUGCAGACCAGCGCGCUGCAGGUGAACCCAGACAUCCCCGAGGCCCACCGGCUGCGCGGCUGGUUCGACAACUACGGCGCUCACCAGGAGACCACCAGCAUCUCCACGCGCUCCGCGGGUAGUUCCGGCGGAGGCACGGACGGGGAGUGGAUCACGCUGCAGACGGCCGACGAGUCGGACCUGGGGGCCAAGGACGUGGCGGACUACUUCAACUGCAAGGCCACCAUCGUGAUGAUCCGCACCGAGAACACCACGUACCAGGCCUGCCCCGGCCCCGACUGCAACAAGAAGGUGAUCAACAACGGGAACGGGAUGUAUCGCUGUGAGAAGUGCAACUGCGAAUAUCCCAACUUCAAGCACCGUCUGUUGCUGACCAUGUGCAUCAGCGACUGGACGUCGAGCCAGUGGGUGACCUGCUUCCAGGAGACGGGAGAAGAGAUCCUGGGCAUGACCUCCCAGGAGGUGGGCGUGGCACACGAGAGCGACCCCGCCUUGUACGAGUCCAUCUUCAAGAACGCCACCUUCAAGACCUUCGUCUUCCGCCUGCGCGCCAAGAUGGAGGUCUACAACGACGAGCGGCGGCUGAAGAUGAACGUGAUGCAGGCCAAGCCGGUCGACCUGAGGGAACUGAACAACCGGCUGCUGGAGAACAUCAAGGCCCUCUCCGGGGUCGGCAGCAAGCAGAGCGUCUGAACACGCUUGUGCCGAGGGGCUGCUACACCUCGACGCUUGCCGUGCGUUGUCUAGUGUUGGCACUCUAGGAGAUUUUACAACCAUGUCAAUUUUGCUGGCAUAUAUUAAGACAGUGUAACCCAGUUGUCUUUUGAACUUUCUGGUGGGGAAGCCUUCACUUCACGGACGGGAGAGCCACACCCGAAGUUCAUGCUCGCUUUUUUUUUUCCAUACCACAACAGGUGUAUUUAUUUGGUUUGGGAGGUGGAGGGUGGGGAGGAAUUAGCGGGCAUUUAUUCUCCAAAUGCAUGGGUUUAACUCAUAAGAUGUCAUUCUUAAAAUUAGCAAGAAGUAAUUUAAAGAAUUAUUCAGUAAAUGAAGAUAAAAUGUUAACUUUUUUUUUUGAGUCAAAAGAAGCAUAAGAUAGGUUAGCUACAUUAUAAAUAAUUUAAAACAUUGUUGAUGGUUGGUUAUAUUAGGUAAGUACAGCUACAUUAAAAAAUACUGUAAAAUCAUUUUAUGGUUGCUUAGCAAAAAACUUUUUAAUAUGUAUCUAUCCAGCGCUAGGAAACAGUUUACAUGAUUCCACAGGAUUUUUAAUGUAGCUAUCCUAACCAAAUCAACCGUCCACAAUGUUUUAAAGUAUUUAUAAUGUAGCUAACCUAACCUAAUUGACCAUUAGUAUAGAUCAUUUGUAAUUUUUAUAAACAUGUUGAUACAGAACGAUUCAGUAUUCUAAAAAUCAAUCAAAAAAAAAAAAGCAUAAAGCCUUACCUGAAAAUAACAAGUUGCGUAAAAUUGCAAAGGGACAUAUUUAUUUACAAUGACCAAACAAAAAACCCUGAAGAUGCAAGAUCGGGAGUUUGGCUCUCUCUGUGAAAAGGCUUCCCUUUCUUGUGGAGUUGUGUAAACAGCAAUGUAAUACUAAUAAACCUAUUUAACUUGGUUACAAA